AUGGAAAUGGCUAAACUGGAAAGUGUGGGGAACAAGGGCAGUGAUGUAAAGGAAAAAAUUUAUUCCAACCAUCAACUCCAGAAGGAAAAAGAUGAUGUGGCUAAAACAAGUGAAAAGAGUAGCAAGGGUUUGAUGGAGAACCUCUACAAUUUAGACAUCUCGUUGUCUGAGAGUUUCAGCUUCUGUGCAGCGAAAGAUUCUGGUUAUUGGAGAACACUUAUGUUGAUUCUCGAGCUUUCAGGACAUGGAGUACCUUGGAUAGCAGGGACAAUCAUCUCUAUUCUUGUGUUUUCGGAUUCUAAGCAAGAGUUCGCGUGUAAUUUAUUUCUCGGUUUGAUAUUAGAUCUUGCUGUGGUUGGAAAUUUGAAAGUCUUAGUUCGAAGAAAGCGACCUACAUAUAACGAGGAGGAUAUGUUCGCAACAGUUUCACCAGAUAAAUAUUCCUUUCCAUCCGGACACUCAACAAGAGCUGCAAUGGUUGCUUCUUUAUUUUCUGUGUUCUUGACCACUAGAUUUUGGACAUUUCUGAUUGGCUGCUGGGCUGUGUGUGUCUCAUCGUCACGUGUUAUACUUGGUAGACAUCACGUGAGUGACGUGUUAUGCGGUGUCCUCAUUGGCCUUUUACAGGGCUGGGUUAUUUGUGCCAUAUGGGUACCAUACACAACUUGCCUGGAGUUACUGUCAUGUAUACCAUAUUAUAGUGUUAUAAGGAACCAAGUGAUAAAUGUAGUUCAAUAG